CUGCACUCUCUCGCCGUAUUGUUCACGCACCAGAGUUCUUAUGAAGAUCUUCCUAUGGUAUAGGAGGAGUAGUGUGAAUAAGCACCACAAGGAUCCUUUUUCUCGACGCAACACGCGUCCUGGAGCUGAUGGAUAAUGUCAGGGACCCCAGGAACAACAGCUUUCGCUACCAUGCUGACAUCCAUCAGGGAAGGCGGUCUUGCAGCGUAAACCCACCAUUUAACGAAGACACCAGGACACACUCUCGCUGAAUAAGAUCAUAAUUUAUGUCAUCCAGUGUGUAACCGCUUGGGAUAAAAGCGACUGAUCUCAGAGGGUAUUCAGUAUUCCCCGAAUAUGGCUAAUCUUAACAUGGCUACAGUGACGUCGCUUUCUGGACGAGUAGGCCUUGUUACAGGCGGAGGGACGGGAAUAGGACUUAUCAUUGCGAAAGCCUUCGCUGCAAAUGAUGCCAAGGUAUACAUCACUGGCCGAAGGCUGAAUGUGCUACAGCAAGCGGCGUCGUCAGUCACAGGUGUUCCAGGAUCCAUCGUCCCGUUUCAGAUGGAUGUUACUGAUGAAGAGAGCAUCAAAGCGGGUGCCAGGCACAUUGAAGAAAUCGAUGGAAAGCUCGAUAUCCUAGUCAACAAUGCUGGGUUUGCAGCUUCCCUCCGUGACCCAGACUUCAUCGCGAAGAAAUACGCUGCAGAUGAUCCAUUUGAACCUGAAACGGUACAAAAUUGGGCUGAUAUCUUCGCGCUUAACACAAUCGCCCCAUUCUUCGUCGUGCGCGCUUUCCAAACCCUUAUUAUCAGAGGAGGCCAGUCCCGCCCCCAAGGCAGGUCCAGUGUCAUCAACACCAGUAGUAUUGCAGCCAAGUUUAACGGAACGGGGCCCAUGGCAUCUAUCGCUUAUGGCGUAACGAAAGCUGCUUUGGACAAACUCACGCUUGUUCUAGGAACAGACUUUGCUCGGAGAGACAUUCUGAUUCGGGUGAACGCGCUGGCUCCUGGCGUGUUUGCAUCGCAGUUGAUGACUCCCGAAGUCUUGGAAGCGAUCAAGACUGAGCUACUGCCUGGGCUGAUUGCGCCGGCACCUGCGAAGAGGCCGGGAACUGAGGAAAUGGGGACGUCGGCGGUCUAUCUGGCAGUGUCGGACUAUACCAACGGAGCGAUUUCGACGGUUGACGGCGGAUUAUCACUGGUGAAUCCUUGAUUGUUAGACUAUCUGUUGUGAACCUAUCAUAAAGUCAGAAAUUUCCAAACGACAUCCAUCAUUUCUGAGUACUCGCGUCCGAGAUGACGUCCAUCAUAUCCUCUUCCUACCAAUUCAACCCGCAUUUUUUCGACU